UAACGUCCUGAAGAAAGGAGACUCAAGUGAAUGAGCGUUUGGGCUGCACCGGGAAGAGAACCAGCGUUUCAAAACAAAGGACAGGGACAGCUUCUUCACCUUUGCGCCUGCAAAAUCUCUCCACGUUGACUUCCCGUGUGCUUUUCAGAUGGUACCAUGGCUGAGGGAAGCUGCUUCGGUGCAUUGUAGCUGUUAGGGAUGACCAGAGAAGAAGAAGAGGGAAAAGCAAAGAAGAAAGUAUUGUGAGAGAAGGGAAAACAUCUGCUCAGAGAGGAUAAGAUCAGAACAGGGAAUCUACUGGACCUUUCUCUUUGUAAGGAAAGGAAUUUAAACUCUCCAGUAUCAGUGCUCUGUCCCUUUUGAAGGGCUUUAUAUUUUUUAUUUAAUUUUUUAUUUGUAUUGGUUGUUACCUUCUAAGAAAGAGUUAACACCAUGUGCCAUGUUAUUGUAACAUGCCGCUCCAUGCUCUGGACACUACUCAGUAUUGUAGUGGCCUUUGCUGAGCUCAUUGCCUUCAUGAGCCCUGAUUGGCUUCUGGGAUUCCCCCGGUCGGACUCCAGUGCGAGCGGGGCGGGAGUGGACUCCGGGGAGUACCGGCCGUCUCUCGGCCUCUACAGCCGCUGCCUUCGUGUCGGGGCCCGGGGAGUAGGGGUGAGCUGCGGGCCCUACGCUGGGACAUUUGGAGAAGUGGCCAGUGGCUUCUGGCAGGCUGCCAUGUUGUUUCUGGCAGCAGGGGUGUUAGUGCUAGGAGGAGUAGCCUGUAUCUCCAUCUUCAGCCUGUGCUUCCAGAGCAUCCUGAAGAAGAGCAUAUUCAACAUCUGUGGACUGCUCCAGGCUAUCGCAGGCCUGUUGCUGAUGGUGGGCCUCAUGCUGUACCCUGCCGGUUGGGGUUCAGAGAAGGUGAUCAGCUACUGUGGCGCUGAGACCUUGCCCUUUAGGCCGGCUCUGUGUUCACUCGGCUGGGCGUUCUACGCAGCGAUAGGAGGAACUUUGGGAUCCUUUCUGUGUGCCGUUUUGUCUGCACAGGCUGAGAUUGCCACCUCCAGCGAUAAGGUUCAGGAGGAGAUUGAAGAGGGAAAGAGUCUGAUCUGCCUGCUCUGAGCCUUCAGAAACGUUGGGAAACUCCAGGAAAUCAUCCUUGAUGUAAUGUCUCUGAUAUGGCCACUUAUAGAUCUCAGUGGAGGGAGGACAGACAUUGUGUUGAGUGAUUUUCUUCAUAAAAAUAAUCAGCUGGUUGUUAAGAAGAUAGAAGCCUCGGUAACCACUUUCUAAAUCGUAAGGCAUGGUGUUCAUGCCUAAAUGAUGAUUGAUAAAACUGCCAAAAAGGCUACAGCAGCAUUACAUGUAGUCUUAACCAAUGUUUUUGACCAAGAUACAGUUUAUUUUUGUAAAAUAUAUUUCCUUAAACAAACCACUGUACUGUAAAAGCAGGAGAUUAGUUAAAGAAAUUGGUAGUGGAUGUGUUGUUAGCGUUAUUGUAGACAGGUUAAACACUGCCAGUCAAACAGUGUGUAUGUUUGUAACGUCAUUAUAAUGUUCCUUCACAUGGUUCACCUGCAAACCUCAACAAACCACUGAACACAAGCAGGUGUGUGUGUGUGUGUGUGUGUGUGUGUGUGUGUGUGUGUGUGUGUGUGUGUGUGUGUGUGUGUGUGUGUGUGUGUGUGUGUGUGUGUGUGUGUGUGUGUGUGUGUGUGUGUGUGUGUGUGUGUGUGUGUGUGUGUGUGUGUGUGUGUGUGUGUGUGUGUGUGUGUGUGUGUGUCACACAAACUGUUGAGGUUCUCUAAAUGUCCAUGUGCUCUGAUUGUAUGGCACAGCAGGACAGCACGACUCUCUAGCUAACUUUACAUGUGCCACUUAAGGGAUAGUUCACUUUAAAGGGAGUUUCCCCUGUUAGAUUGUGUGUGGGUCUCUUGCAGCUUAUUAACUAGCGGAGUGUGUGAACAGAGCUGAAAAGGAACAGAGAUUUGCCAUAUGUUUCACUGGUCCGAACUUUGAGGGGAUGUUUGCUCACAGCCAGAUAAAGCAGGCUGCACCAGAGCUUUUCAUGGGUUACCUGACACACCAUAAAGACACAAUCUGGCUUUGUAAAGAUAUCCAAGACACAAACGAGUUGAUUAAAAAUUCAAAAGGUGUCUGUGGAGUCUUUGCUAGAUGAAAUGGGUAAUUAGUGUGACCAUUUAUUAAGAGAGACCUCUUUGUUUGUUUGGUACUUUUGAAAAUAACCUGAUGUUGUCUUUUGCACUUUGUCCUUAAUUCAUUUCACAUUGCUUCAUAUUCUGUUCACGUGUUUUCAUUUUCCCAACCAUGCUUCAUUAAGUUGCAGUAAAUGUAACAUCAUGGGAUUGCUUUUAUUCAUUGUAGAUGAGAUGUGCAAUAAUUCAACUAUAGUGUUUUUGCUGUGAGAGUGAGUGGACAGAGAGGAUGAGACAUUUCUAAACUGUCUGUGCUUAAAUUAAUAUGUUGACUGUCUGCUGUUUUUGUUACAUUAACAAAAGAGUAACAGCAUCCGUGGCACAUUGUAUGAUACUGCAUGUGUGAGAGGUUAAGUGUUAGGAGAGAUUGUCUCUGUAUUUUGUACUCAAAUAAACCAGGCCUUUUUUAUUAAUUCUAUCGGU